GAUGAUAAGAGCCUCAAAUAAAGUAAUUAGAUAUUCUUUUUCGGCAACAUAUGUAAGUGGGCUAUUUGAACAUUGGUAAAAGAACCCUUAAGCAGUUCCUGAAGGAUGGAGACAAUAUUUUAGUGAACAAGUUCGCAUUUAGUUUUUAUUAAUAGAUAAAUGGUGGAGCAGGUGUCUAAGGCACAACUUCUUUGAAUCCAUUAGAUCAUGCUAAACAAAUCUAAUUGCUAUAUCGCACUUAUUAUAUGUUUAGAAUGUUUUUUGUAUGUGGACAUUAAUUGGCUGAUUUAGAUCCAUUAAGUAAUUUAAUUUUGUGAUUUUCUAUUAGAUCUACCUCAUACAAAAGAAUAUGGAAGAGUAAAGGGUUCAAGACCAGAGAUGACUUUGGAUAGUUUUGGAUUUAAGAAAGAAGAAUUAGAUAUCCCAAUUUAUUUUGGAAAUAAGGAUUAAAGAUCAUUUAUCUAUGUACAUUGUUAUUUCUAUUCUUAGCCAUUUAUGGAAGCUAAGGAGGAGUGGACAAUUAGAGAGAUCUAUGAUAGAUUAUCUUAAAUCUAUACAAAAAAAUAUGGAGUUGAAUACAUUCAUAUGGUAUCAACUGAAUAAAAACAUUGGAUUGAACAAGAAAUGGAUAGAAUAGCAUAAUGGAAACCAAGUAAGGAAACAUAAACAGCAACUUGGUAGAGAUUGGCUAGAGUUGAUUUAUUUAAUGAGUUUUUGAAAAAUAGAUUCACAACUAGCAAAAGAUUUGGAAUUGAAGGAACAGAUACAUUAAUUGUAGGUUUAGAAGCAUUAGUAGAUUAAUGUGCUCAAAAUAAGGUUGAACAUAUUAUUGUAGGAAUGGCUCAUAGAGGAAGAUUAAGCACAUUAGCUAAUGUAUUUAAGAAACCAUUAGAAAUAAUAUUUGCAGAAUUUUAAAAUAAAUAUAGUAAAGAAAUAGAAGAAUCAUGGGGUAAUAUUGGAGAUGUGAAAUAUCAUUUGGGAGUUACAAGAGAUUAAUAGUUUCCAGAUGGACAUCAUAUUAGAAUGACUAUGUUACCAAAUCCAUCACAUUUAGAAGCUGUUAAUCCAGUUGUAUAAGGUAAGACUAGAGCAUUGUAAGAUAUUUGUGGCAAUAAAUAACAUUGUUUAGGAAUCAUUAUUCAUGGAGAUGCUGCUAUGGCUGGUUAAGGUGUUGUUUAUGAAUCAUUAUAACUUGAAAAUCUAAAUGGAUAUUCAAAUGAAGGUGUAAUCCAUGUUGUUGUUAAUAAUUAAAUUGGAUUUACUACAACUCCAAUUGAUAGUAGAUCUGGUUUAUAUUGUACAGAUGUUGCAAAAGCUAUUGAUGUACCAAUUAUUCAUGUGAAUGCUGAUGAUCCUGAUCUUGUUGAAGAAAUAUUUAAAAUUGCUGUUAGAUUUAGAUAGUAAUUUAAAAAAGAUAUAGUAAUUGAUUUAAUUGGAUAUAGAAGAUAUGGUCAUAAUGAAUAAGAUUAACCAGCAUUUACUUAACCAUAAAUGUAUGAAAUCAUAAAUAAAUAAAAACCUGUAUUUUAAAUAUAUGAUCAAUAAUUAAGAAAAAAUGGAGUUAUUACAGAUGAUUUUGCAAAUAAUGAAAUUAAGAAAUUAAAUAAUAGUCUUGAAACAGCUUAUAAAAACAUUUAAAAAGAAACUUUUGAUAAAGUACAUUGGGUACCAAAACCAUGGGAAAAAAUUUAGUAAGUUACAAAAUGGGGAAAGGUAAAGGAUACAGGUGUUGCUUUGAAAGAUUUAUUAGAGUUAAAUGAGAAAGUUAAUAACUUACCUGCUGAAUUAACUGUUCAUCCAUAAGUUAAAAGAAUUUAUGAAUAAAGAAAGUAGUCUAUUGAAUAAGGAAAAGGCAUAGACUUUGGUACAGCUGAAGCUUUGGCUUUUGGAACUCUAUUACAUGAAGGAUUCAGCAUUAGAUUGAGUGGUUAAGAUUGUGAAAGAGGAACAUUCUCUUAAAGACAUGCUGUGAUUAAUGAUCAAAAGAAAGAUAUUAAAUAUUAUCCACUUAGGAAUUAUAUACCUGCUGGGGGAAAUAAUAGAUUUGAAGUUUACAAUUCUCCAUUAUCAGAAUAUGGAGUCUUAGGAUUCGAAUAUGGAUAUUCUCAAUCAAAUCCUAAUGUUUUGACAAUUUGGGAAGGAUAAUUUGGAGAUUUUGCAAAUGGAGCAUAAAUUAUGAUAGAUAAUUUCAUUACUUCAGGAGAAUCUAAAUGGAAUGUACCAUCAGGACUUGUUAUGAUGUUACCUCAUGGAUUAGAUGGUUAAGGACCUGAACAUUCUAGUGGUAGAAUGGAAAGAUAUUUAUAAUUAAUGGAUGAUGAUCCUAACAUUGUAUUUUAGAUGAAAGAAUAGAGAAUUAAAAGAUAGAUUUUAGAUUCUAAUUUCUAAGUUUGUGUUUGUUCAAAUCCUUCCAAUUAUUUCCAUUCUCUACGUAGAUAAUUAAGAAGAGACUUUAGAAAACCUUUAAUUUUAUUCAAUUCUAAAAGAUUACUCAAAUUCUCUAAGGCAACUUCUGAAAUUUCUCAUUUUCUUGAAGGAACUAGAUUCCAUAGAUUAAUUCCUGAUUCUCAUGAAGAAAUUAAAGCACCAAAAGAAAUAUAAAAAGUUAUUAUUUGUUAUGGUCAAGUUUAUUAUGAUAUUUUACAGAAAAGAUAGGAGACAAAAAGAAAUGUAAAUAUUUAUAAAUAUAUUUAGGAUGUUGCUAUUCUUAGAGUAGAAUAAUUAGCACCUUUUCCAUAUGACCAUUUCAGAGUUGUUGCUUAAUAAUACGAGAAUGCAGAAUUUGUAUUCUGUUAAGAAGAACAUUAAAAUUCAGGUGGCUGGCAAUAUUUAGAACCAAGAAUUCAAAAUGUAUUUUUCUUAUUUUAUUUAGGUUUUAUCCUUGCUAAAUCAAUAAGGCAAAAUUAAACAUCAAUAUUUAACAUUUUGUGGUAGAAGACCUUCAGCAUCAACAGCAAGUGGAUCCUCAACUGUACACAAAUAAGAAUUAGAAAAGCUUUUAAGUAUACUCUUUUAAUGAGUGU